AUGAAUACUCAUUUGAAUAUAAGCUUAUCCUAUCAGACAGCCGGCGAUGCUCCAAUUAAUGUAAAUUCUAAAUUUAGAUUCAUGAAAUCACAUCCGCAAGUGGGUAAAAAGUUUGGCAUCACAUGUGCUAUCAAUCAUCAGCUGAAUUUCAAUCGCAGUAAAGUGAACAUUGUUAAUGAGCACUUAGCUCAGUUUUCGAGGUUUUAA